AUGUCCACACAAUUGAGGAAAACCAAUCACAAUAAGCAGCCGCACAGCAGUCACAAAAAACUAGAUCCAGAGCUAAAGUUCAAGCUGGAAACGCUUACAGAACUAUUUCCGGAUUGGACCAACGACGACCUGAUCGACCUUGUGCAAGAAUAUGAUGAUUUGGAGACUAUAAUUGAUAAAAUCACAUCUGGGGCAGCCACCAAGUGGGAUGAAGUUAAAAAGCCAUCUAAAAAGGAGAGACAGCAACAGCAAAAGCAGCAACUACAGCAGACUCAACAACAACAACAACAACAGCAGCAACUACAUAUAACGCCGGCUACUUCUACUGAAGGUAGCAAUAGCAACACUAAUAAUUCGCAUAAUAACAGCAACAGCCAUCACACAGGACCCUCUGGCGACGCUGACCACUCGCAUACCAAGUCUAAGUUUAGCAGGGAUUCCAACUCGGGUUCCAGGUUCCACAAAAAGUCCGCUGGUAGAGAUCGUGCUGAUCGUGGCGACAGAAACAAGGUCUCUUCCACGUCGGCUAGCUCCGCCGCGGCCUCUGCGGUCCAGCCAGAGCACUUGAAUCCCGCUGUGUCAGCUGCAAAGAGUGCAUCUUCUACUUCCUGGGCGGCUAUGGCGUCCGACAAGAAGGCUGGUAAACAUGUAGCUCACUCGCCUCACAGUGCAUCCACCAAGAAGAAUCAAGAUCAACUAGCAACCCCGGAGCCUACACAAGAAACUGAAAAUCUAGAACCAUCCCAACAAGUACUACAACAGCAGCAGCAGCUCGAUGGUGAAGCAGCAUCUGUUGAUGCCACUAUCGCCGCUGUAUCAGCCGCCGGUGUUCCUGUAGAGGAUCUUGAAAAGCCCAAGAGAAUGACCUGGGCCGCUAUUGCCACCCCUAAACAAAAGGCAGCUAUGAUUAAAAAAUCCGAACCAUUGGAAGAAUUUGAGGAUAUCAAGAAGGAAGUUUCCCAGAUAGCAGAAGACCCAACAGCAGCCCCUGUUGAGUUUCAAGUUGAGGCGUCUGUGUUAGAGCAACCAGAGGAAGUGCAACCUCAGUCACAGGAGCAAUCUGAGCUUUCUACUGUUCGUGACGAAGCUCUUGAGGAAGCGACCGAUCUUCCAGUACAUUCAGAAGAACCCGAACAGAUCCCUCUGGAAUCUGCAACUAAGCAGAUUCCAGAGUCUCAAAUUCCUCAGGAAACCGCUUCGGAAACCACAGAGUCAACAACAGCUGCAUACCCUGUUCAAGAACCACAGCAACAGCAUCAGCAAGAACAACUACCAACUUCCAGUUAUUCUGACGAAAAGUCUGCUCAAAUUCAAACUCCUGCUGAGCAAACACAGACUUUCUAUCAAUCGCAGCCUCAACAGCAAUACUCUGCUCAAACGCCACAGCAAGCAUCCCAGCCACUACAACAACAACAAAGUGCCGCUGCCGCUGCUGCUGCUGCCCAACAACAAUACUAUAUGUACCAAAACCAGUUUCCAGGGUACUCUUACCCUGGUAUGUUUGAUAGCCAAAACUAUCCCGCUGGCUACGGUCAGCAGUACAUGCCGCAACAAAGCGGUUCCCAACCUCAAUCAGCUUCUGCUCAACAACCACAAACCCAAUCUCAAGCUGGACAGUAUGGCAUACCUCCGGGCUAUGGCGGUGCUACUAGAGACUUGAGUGCGGCCUCGCCCAUGGCAGCUCAGGUGCAGCUACAGCAGCAACAGCAGCAACAGCAGCAGCAACAACAACAACCUUAUGGUGGCUCCUUCAUGCCUUACUAUCACUUUUACCAACAGUCUUUCCCAUACGGACAGCCUCAAUAUGGUAUGGCAGGCCAGUACCCUUACCAAGUACCUAAGGGUUACGGUAACUACAUGAGUCAAUACCAACCACAGCAGGGCGGUCAGACCUCUUCCUCGCAAUCUCAGCAGGGUGAGGAGGCCCAACAAGGGACACAGCAGGGCCAAAGUGCUUCUUCUCAAGGUCAAGGCCAAAGUUCUGGUAGCCAGGGCCAGGCCCAAAUCAGUGCUCAACAACAAGCCCAACUGCAGCAAUAUUAUCAGUUUCAGCAGCAACAGCAACAGCAGCAAGCCGCUGCCGCUGCUGCCGCUGCCCAACAGGGCGUUCCUUACGGAUAUUCAGGAUAUGAUUUUUCUUCUCAGGGAACUAGAGGCUUUUAUUAA